AUGUUACCUCCUACGGCCGGUAUAGCGCAGGAACAACGUGACCGGCCCGAAAUGGCAUACCAACAAAGACGUGACGUGAGAGAAAUAACCCGAGACAUUAUCAGAGAAGCCCGUGUUUCUAACAGACAAUCAAUGUCGCCUGGAGCUCGUGACAGAUUCCCAUCGACAUCGUCGACAGACGACAAUGAAUCGGGGACCGAUGGCGAAGCAGACCGAUCCCGACGUUCAAUAUCGCACGCCGGUCAUUCUGGACCGCCACCGGGCGGGAUAAUAGUUCGCAAACGUCGCGGCAACUUGCCAAAGCAUUCAGUGAAGAUCCUCAAGCGAUGGCUGUACGAGCACCGAUACAACGCGUACCCGAGUGACGCGGAAAAACUUACUCUCAGUCAGGAGGCCAACUUGACAGUAUUGCAGGUAUGCAACUGGUUCAUCAACGCUCGCCGCCGCAUCCUCCCCGAGAUGAUCCGGCGUGAGGGCCACGACCCCCUGCACUACACCAUCUCGCGCCGCGGCCGCAAGCAGCUGGGCGGCGCGUCCGGCUCCGGCGCCGGCGUCGUCGUCACCGCCUGGGACGGCGAGGGAGAGCCGGAGGGUGAAGGAGGUCAAGACCAUGACUAUGGCGACGGGUUGCUCGUAUAUCGUAGUGAUGGGGAGUUAGAGGGAGAGGAGGGCUAUUCCUCCUCAGCUGUGAGUGAGGAAGAAGUAAAGUACGACCCCUCUGUGUGGCAGUCUGUUAUAAGAUAUGGGCCGGAGAGGGAGAUGCACCCCGCUGCUAGAGGCAGCUCGGCGGCGGUGGUGGCGGUGCGCACGGCGGAGGGCGAGGAGGGCGCGGGCGCGGAGGGCGGCGGCUGGCACCCGCAGCUGGCGCACCUGCCGCAGCUGCCGCACCCGCUGCGCAAGAAGCUCCAGACGACGAGCGGAGGCGAGGGCGAGCGCGACAAGUUCAAGUGCCUGUACCUGCUGGUGGAAACCGCGGUGGCGGUGCGCCAGCGCGAGCAGGAGCAGGAGGAGGUGCCUGUU